UCGACGCUAGUAAGUUUUUCAUCCAAUAUCACAGAAUCACAAUAGCUUUUCUCUCCGUGUAGACUCAUCCAAACAAACACUGUAAAAACCGCAAGAACUCUCUAUCACUUUGCCACCCUUCAUUCAUAAACACUUUCCAUUAUUCUAUGAACUCAAACUCAAAACAAUGACCACUUUUUCUCUCUACUCUCAUUUCCUUUCCUCCAAGAACUCUAUUUUCCAUGCCCCCUUCAAAGGAAACAACAACACCAAGCAAUUCACUUUUUCCAAAGCCGCAAAUCUCUUGCCGUUGCAGCCACGGUUAAAUGUCUGCUUUUCUUCUUCAAAGGAUGCAGGCUCCAGUGACAACACACCGAGCAACUUUUGCAUUAUUGAGGGGCCAGAGACGGUUGAGGAUUUUAUGCAGAUGCAGCUGCAGGAAAUUCAAGACAACAUAAAGAGCAGGCGCAAUAAGAUCUUUCUUCUCAUGGAAGAGGUAAGGAGAUUACGUGUGCAGCAGCGCACAAGAAGGGGUAAAAAAGUUGUCAAUGAAGAGGGAGAGGAGGAACCAAAUGAGAUGCCGGAUAUUCCUUCGUCAAUUCCUUUUCUUCCUCAUGUGACGCCCAAGACUUUGAAGAAGCUCUAUCUGACUAGCAUAUCAUUCAUAUCUGCAAUAAUUGUAUUUGGUGGGCUUAUUGCACCGACGCUGGAGCUAAAAUUAGGUCUGGGUGGCACCUCAUAUGAAGAUUUCAUAAGAAGCUUGCAUUUGCCUUUGCAGCUAAGUCAGGUGGACCCAAUUGUGGCGUCCUUCUCUGGUGGGGCUGUUGGUGUGAUUUCAGUACUGAUGUUGAUUGAGGCUAAUAAUGUUGAGCAACAAGAGAAAAAAAGGUGCAAGUAUUGCCAUGGAACUGGAUACUUGGCCUGUGCUCGGUGUUCUGCAAGUGGUGUAUGCUUGAACAUUGAUCCUAUUUCAGUAUCUACUGCUUCUGCCAGACCUCUGCAUGCUCCUACAACCACAAGGUGUCCAAAUUGCUCUGGUGCAGGAAAGGUUAUGUGUCCAACCUGCCUUUGCACUGGGAUGAUGAUGGCAAGUGAACAUGACCUGCGUAUUGAUCCAUUUGACUAAUACUUUACAUGAUUUGAGGACUUGUGAUUUUUGCUUCUCUAAUGUAUUUAAAAAAUAUGAACAUCAUCUACAAACUCCCCUUUUCUAAUGAAUUUUAGCAUUAUUAUUAAAAAAAAGUUAAAUAAACAAUUAAGCUAUAUAAACAUUUUAGUCUUCUCCAGGUGAAAUUGAUCGGCAAAUAUUGUAUAAGAUCAAUACUGCUUCUUGUCAUUAGUAGUCCUUGGUUCAUCUAACAAUAAAAAGCACCCAUUCAGUAUUUAUAUAUAAUUUUUAAAUGCAAAA